AACCAGUCGAACUGUUAUUGUCUGCUGUAAGAUGACUAAAGUACCGAGUUCGGCACUGCAUAUGUCCAGCUUCGCGUUGCCUGCUCAAUUCAUUUCCCUCGCGCUCCCUCUCUCAAAGAUGGCGGCUGUAUCGGUUCAGUGCCUUAAACCUGCUUUGGAAUCCACAUUCAAUCUAGGUUUUUCGAAAACCCUAGGGCUUUCACCUGCUACUAUUUAUGGUUCAGUACCCAAACCCAAGAACCUAGAGCUCAAGAAACUGGUGGUGUCUGCAAGCGCCGUCGAUAAGCAUCUCAACAAAAAAAGGUUUCCUGCUGGCGAUUCUGCUCCUUCCAUGCUCAGAUCGAAGGUGACACGCCACACUAUUUCAGUGUUUGUUGGAGAUGAAAGUGGAAUGAUAAAUCGGAUUGCAGGGGUCUUUGCAAGGAGAGGAUACAAUAUUGAGUCUCUUGCUGUUGGUUUGAACAAGGACAAAGCUUUAUUUACCAUAGUUGUUUCUGGAACUGAAAGGGUUUUGCAGCAAGUGGUAGAGCAACUUCACAAGCUUGUGAAUGUCUUGAAGGUUGAAGAUCUCUCAAAGGAGCCACAGGUAGAACGUGAACUGAUGCUCAUAAAAAUUGAUGCAGAUCCUGAAUACCGUGCUGAGAUCAUGUGGUUAGUGGACAUCUUCCGUGCAAAAAUUGUGGACAUUUCAGAAAACUCACUAACUAUUGAGGUAACUGGAGAUCCAGGAAAGAUGGUUGCUGUGCAAAGAAAUUUAAGUAAGUUUGGGAUCAAAGAAAUUGCUAGAACUGGAAAGAUUGCCUUGAGGAGGGAAAAGAUGGGCGAGUCUGCUCCUUUUUGGCGAUUUUCAGCAGCUUCAUACCCUGAUCUCGGAGAACCAAUGCCUGUAGAUGCUUUUGCAGGGGCUAGAGAUAGAACUCUUAAUAGUGAACCUGAUCUGUCUGCAGGGGGAGAUGUUUAUCCUGUGGAGCCUGCUGAUGGUUUCUUGGUUAAUCAAGUUCUGGAUGCUCACUGGGGUGUUCUCAAUGAUGAUGAUGCAUCUGGGAUCCGGUCACACACUUUAUCCAUAAUUGUAAAUGAUUGUCCUGGAGUUCUCAACGUAGUUACAGGGGUUUUCGCUAGAAGGGGCUAUAACAUUCAGAGUUUAGCCGUUGGACAUGCAGAAACUGAGGGGCUUUCUCGGAUUACAACCGUUGUUCCUGGUACUGACGAAUCAAUUGCAAAGUUGGUGCAGCAACUUUAUAAGUUAAUAGAUCUCCAUGAGGUUCGGGAUAUUACUCACUUGCCUUUUGCUGAGCGGGAGUUGGUGAUGAUAAAGAUUGCUGUGAACACUGCUGCUAGACGCGAUGUUCUUGAUAUUGCCAGCAUUUUUAGGGCCAAAGCUGUUGAUGUGUCAGAUCAUACAAUAACCCUUGAGGUUACUGGAGAUAUAAACAAGAUGGUUGCAAUGCAGAGAUUGUUAGAGCCUUAUGGUAUUUGUGAGGUGGCACGUACAGGUCGAGUAGCUCUAGUGCGAGAGUCCGGCGUGGAUUCCAAGUACCUCCGUGGAUACUCAUUUCCAUUAUAAUCAGGAAGGGCCUUGGGAGGCUUGGCACAUUAGAAACAUGUGUGGAUGGUUUUGUAUGCAUUUGUUUAACCAAGGUUGGUUUAAAAAUAAUAGAAAUCACGGAAUAGUUUGGACCAUUUUAUGCGAGGUUGUGGUUUCCCAAA